CUGCUGUGAAAAAGGUCCAUAGAUGUAAUUGCCCACUGGAGUUGGGGCAGCAGAUAUAAUUAAAAGCACCAAAGCAUCAGCUUCCAUGGUAGAGCAGUGCUAUUAAUUUGCUUUAUGCCACAUAUUGUAUCCUGUCGGAGUUGUUCCACCUGCUCAGUGUCUUUGAGGUCGGCGUUGUACCAUAAUGUGAGGCUGAUGAUAGGCUUCUACAGGACAGUUGGUAUUUUCUCAUCGUUGAUGUGGAACCUUUCGUUGUUUCAAGAUGUCUGGCUGGAAAGAUUUUCACGCGUUUAUGUUUUUAUAGAAUGAGAAGGACCAGAAAUUUCUUUCUUACAUUUGGAUUGAUAUGUAUUGGAAGGAUGACAACAUUUCUUGGAAUCGAGAUGAAUUCUGUGGUAUAAAGGAAAUUCAUCUUCCUGCUGAAAAAGUGUGGAAGCCAGAUCUAACUAUUGAAGAGAUGACAGAAAAGGACAAGGCCCUUCCGAGUCCAUAUCUCCUCAUUAAAUCGAACGGUAUGAUCAUUCGCAGGGAUGACAUGUUGGUGGUCAGCACCUGCACGAUGGAAGUUUACAGUUUUCCCUUCGACUAUCAGAGCUGUACCCUCUCUUUAAAGUCUAUCAUACACUCUGACAGGCAUAUAAUGCUUGAAGCGGGAGCUGAAUCUGAAUUGACCACAAUGUGGUCUAAGGAGAUGAUGCGGACCCAGUCCGAGUGGCUGUUUAUCGACAUGAAAAUCGACAACAAAACUGCAGACAAUUUUGGCAUAAACCAAAGCAUGUUGGUUUACACUAUCAACAUGAAGAGGCGGUCUGCACUUUACGUGGCUAACUUCUUGGUACCCAUCCUGUUCUUCUUUUGUCUGGACUUGGCCUCAUUCCUGAUCUCGGACAGCGGGGGGGAGAAGCUCGGCUUCAAGGUCACUGUGCUGCUUGCUGUCACUGUGAUGCAGCUUCUUCUCAAUGAGAUCCUGCCUUCCUCGUCAGAGAGGAUUCCUCUUAUAGCGGUCUACUGCAUUGGGAUGUUUGGAUUGAUGAUGCUAAGCCUAAUGGAGACGAUUUUGGUGAUGCAUCUAAUGGAAAAAGACUCUAAAGACCAAAGCCUGAGUGAGGACUGUGGGGACAAACCGGGCAAAGUCAGCUUCCACAACUGUUGUAGAGAUGUUAAGAAAUUGACUCCCUUCUGUCAUAUCGGUGAUGUGUUUUCUGGUGAAACGCCAUCUGGACUGCUGCCGGUGGCCAAAGAGGAUAGCAGCCGCCAUCUGACGGAGGAGUCCCAUGCCUCAGAUGAGCUAAGUGAGGCGGUGAAGGCUCUGACUCUGCUCCUCAGCAACAGGGAGGAAGAGAGGAUGCCCGGCUACUGGACCAGAGUGGCUAAAACAAUCAACAAAGUUUUCUUCAUUUUCUAUGUCAUAGCUGCCAGUAUGUUUUUACUCUGUUUGUUUUUCAUUUGGUAAGAAAACAAGUGAUAAUAAUUCAGAUGACUGACAACAAGUCAUGCUGCAGAUUCAUUUGGGCAGAGGUGAAGCUGUGCUGAAAUAAAGUCUCUGGCCCCAA